GUCUUCGUUCGCAUAAUUUGUCGCCGCCAACAGAAGAUUGUGUUUCUUUCUAUCCAUUUAUGGGUCUCAGUAUCUUCUCAGACACGGUGUUGGGAAGAAAUGGACGGGCGAUGUCCGCGUUGGGUUGGACUUGGAACUUAUUGGGUCGUAAAAUUAGAAUGUCUUGAUGAACAAAUACAUGGUGCUUAUUAUGUCUUUAUCACCAAAUUGCCCCGAGCCUGGAUUUGGCAGUUUUGCCGGGACCGAUCAAAGUGUCCGAAUGGAGAGACGUCUCAAAGGGCAUUGUUAUAGGCAUAUUUUUGGAAAUCUAUAUGGCUGGGCUUGAUGGAGAACACCAACCCAACACUCAAGCUGAGUCUAUUGGGUUGUAUGAGUUUAACCCAGACAAAAGACAAAUGGGACUUAAAAGCUAAUGGUCUACACAGAAGAGGUUGCAGUUUGAUUGGUUGGUUGGUUGGCCCCGCGCCUUUCGUGUACUUCACUCGUAAAUUUUUUGAAUACGGCAAAGGGUAUAAAUGAGGACACACUCUGCUUGCUGCUUCACAGGCAAAAUCUCCAGGACCCAUAAUAGGAAGCACAAGCAUCCCCAGACAUCCGGAGAGACAAUGGAGAACCUACUGAUUAACGAUGCCAUUGCUACCGACAAUUUGGAGGCACAGAGUGAAAACCAGAAUAUGAUCAAUCCCAGUAGUGGCCGUACGACAAAUGUCAUACUGAACCAUGAUUUCUCUGGAGGACUGCAAUCUUGGCAUGCCAACUGCUGUGAUGGCUUUGUUGUUUUAGCUGAUUCAGCUAAUUCAAGAGGGGAAGCAAACCUGGCUGGAAAUUAUGCCGUUGUUACAAACCGUAAGGAAUGCUGGCAAGGGUUGGAACAAGACAUUACCAGCAGAAUUUCCCUUAAUUCCACUUAUAUGGUUUCUGCUCAUGUUGGAGUUUCGGGGGCCAUUCAGGGGUCUGCUGAUGUCCUGGCAACUUUAAAACUAGAAUAUCAGAAUUCAGCGACUAGCUAUUUAUUUGUUGGAAAAACCUCUGUGUCAAAGGAGAGCUGGGAAAAGGUGGAAGGAACAUUCUCAUUGUCAACAAUGCCUCAGCGAGUUGUAUUUUAUCUGGAAGGGCCUUCUCCAGGAGUUGACCUACUCAUACAAUCAGUAGUUGUAUCCUGUUUGAGUAACAAAGAAUCUGAGAGUGGAAGCAAAGCAUGUGCCACUGCUGAAGAUGACAAUAUAAUCCUAAACCCUCGAUUUGAGGAUGGCUUGAAUAAUUGGUCUGGAAGAGGCUGCAAGGUUGUCCUGCAUGACUCUAUGGGAGAUGGGAAGAUUGUCCCACUGACUGGAAAGGUUUUUGCAGCUGCUACAGAACGUACACAGAGUUGGAAUGGAAUUCAGCAGGAAAUCACUGGAAGAGUACAGCGAAAGCUUGCUUAUGAGGUUACUGCUGUUGUUCGUAUAUUUGGUAACAAUGUUACUAGUUCAGAUGUACGUGCCACCUUAUGGGUCCAGAGAGCAGACCAGCGUGAACAGUAUAUUGGCAUCGCCAAUGUUCAGGCAACAGACAAGAAUUGGACACAAUUGCAGGGGAAGUUUCUAUUAAAUGGUUCCCCGGCCAAAGUAGUCAUUUAUUUCGAAGGUCCACCUGCAGGAACUGAUAUUCUUCUGAACAGCUUAGUGGUCAAACAUGCAGAGAAAAUCCCCCCUUCACCUCCCCCAGUUAUUGAGAACCCAGCUUUUGGAGUUAAUAUAAUUGAGAACAGCAAUCUUAGCAAUGGCACAAAUGGGUGGUUUGGCCUUGGCAAUUGCACCUUGAGCGUUGGAACUGGUUCACCACAUAUCCUUCCUCCAAUGGCUAGAGAUUCCCUGGGACCUCAUGAGCCUCUCAGUGGUCGUUACAUCCUUGUGACCAAUCGCACUCAGACCUGGAUGGGUCCUGCUCAGAUGAUCACUGAUAAACUCAAACUCUUUUUGACAUAUCAAGUAUCUGCUUGGGUUCGAAUUGGUUCUGGUGCAACUGGUCCCCAAAAUGUGAAUGUUGCCCUUAGUGUGGACAACCAAUGGGUCAACGGAGGACAAGUUGAGCUUAAUAAUGAUACAUGGCAUGAAAUUGGUGGUUCCUUUAGAAUUGAGAAGCAACCAGCCAAGGUUAUGGUUUAUGUACAAGGUCCUGCAGCAGGUAUCAACUUGAUGCUUGCUGGACUUCAGAUUUUCCCAGUUGAUCGACAGGCAAGGUUUAGAUAUUUGAGAAAGCAAACUGAUAUGAUCAGAAAGCGUGAUGUUGUCCUGAAAUUUUCAGGACUGGAUUCAACCAGUUUCCUUGGCACCCUUGUGAAAGUCAGACAAAUAAAGAACAGUUUCCCCUUUGGAUCUUGUAUGAACAGAACAAAUAUUGACAAUGAAGAUUUUGUUGAGUUCUUUGUGAAAAAUUUCAACUGGGCUGUGUUUGGAAACGAGUUAAAGUGGUAUUGGACUGAAGCUCAGAAAGGGAACUUAAACUAUAAGGAUGCUGAUGAGAUGUUGGACUUGUGUAAGAGCCAUAACAUAGAAGCCCGAGGUCAUUGUAUUUUCUGGGAAGUGGAGGGCGCAGUCCAGCAAUGGGUCCGUUCGUUGAGCAAAACUGACUUGGCAACAGCUGUCCAAAAUCGCCUAACAGGUCUGCUCACACGCUAUAAGGGGAAGUUCAGGCACUACGAUGUCAACAAUGAGAUGCUGCAUGGCUCAUUCUACCAAGACAGGUUGGGUAAGGACAUCCGUGCAAACAUGUUCAAGAUUGCUAACCAACUAGAUCCUUCUGCCAUAUUAUUUGUGAAUGAUUAUCAUGUUGAGGAUGGAUGUGACACCAGAUCAUCUCCAGAGAAGUACAUUCAACAUAUUCUUGAUUUACAAGAGCAAGGCGCCCCUGUGGGAGGGAUUGGAAUUCAAGGUCAUAUAGACAGUCCAGUUGGGCCAAUUGUUUCUUCUGCUCUUGAUAAACUGGGUGUUCUUGGACUUCCAAUCUGGUUUACGGAGCUGGAUGUCUCUUCCAUUAAUGAAUAUAUUAGAGCAGAAGACUUGGAAGUCAUGCUUCGAGAAGCAUUUGCUCACCCUGCAGUUGAUGGUGUGAUGCUAUGGGGAUUCUGGGAGUUGUUUAUGAGCCGUGAAAAUUCGCAUUUGGUGAAUGCAGAAGGAGAUGUAAAUGAAGCUGGCCAAAAAUACCUGGAUCUUAAACGAGAGUGGCUGUUUCAUACUCACGGCCAUGUGGAUGAGGAUGGAGAGUUCACGUUUAGAGGUUUCCAUGGAACUUAUUACUUGGACAUUCUUACUGCCUCCAAGAAAGUUACAAAGACAUUUGUGGUUGACAAGGGUGACACCCCUUUGGUGGUGCCUAUUGAUCUAUAAGUCACUGCUGCUUCGUUUAUUAAAACGGUAAAUAAAUCAUUCAUGAUAUACACCUUGUCAAAACUUGUGUCAAACGUGGAAGAAAACUACAUGUGUGAAUGGGAUUCGUGGAGUUACAUUCUUGUCAUGAUUCUAUGGCGGGAAAAAAUAAUAAAAUAAUAAAAAAAUAAAUUAAAAAAAGAAGAAGAAGAAAGGUAUUAGUAUUAUUUGGUUCUGCUUGUAAGUUUUCAUUAAAAGGAAUAAAGAUGUAUUGUGCGUGACUGAUGUA